UGAGACCUGAUUUCGUCGGAACCCCUAGAAUGUCGGAAAAUUGCGCACUCCGGCGAGCUAACGUUCUCGCUAAUCACAUACUCCAGUCACCUCCUCAUCCUUCGAACAACUCCCUCGCGCGCGAGGCUUGCUUGCAGUACACUCCACCGGAGGUCAACGAGAGCUAUGGCUUCCAAGUCAAGGAGAUGAGGAAACUCCUCGACGGACACAACUUGGAGGACAGAGACUGGCUGUACGGGAUCAUCAUACAGAGCAAUCUGUUCAACAGGAAGGAAAGAGGAGGAGGCAAGGUGUUCGUAUCGCCAGAUUACAAUGAGACGAUGGAGCAGCAGCGCGAGAUCAGCAUGAAGCGGAUCAUGUACUUUCUCGAGAAUGGUGUUUUUAAAGGAUGGUUAACGGAGACAGGUCCUGAAUCUGAGCUCAAGAAGUUUGCUCUCUACGAGGUUUGCGGGAUGUAUGAUUACUCGCUAUCCGCCAAACUCGGUGUUCAUUUCUUGUUAUGGGGUAAUGCUAUUAAGUUCUUUGGGACAAAGAGGCAUCAUGAGAAGUGGCUGAAAGACACUGAAGAUUAUCUUGUCAAGGGCUGCUUUGCAAUGACUGAGUUAGGCCAUGGAAGUAAUGUGAAGGGAAUUGAAACAGUGACUAGUUAUGACCCAAGAACUGAGGAGUUUGUGAUAAACACUCCCUGUGAAUCUGCUCAGAAGUACUGGAUCGGUGAGGCAGCUAUUCAUGCAAACCAUGCAAUUGUGAUUUCUCAGCUUGAGAUAAACGAAACCAACCAAGGGAUUCAUGUAUUUAUAGCUCAGAUCAGAGAUCAAGAUGGAAACAUAUGUCCAAACAUCCACAUUGCUGACUGUGGACACAAGAUUGGUUUGAAUGGUGUUGACACUGGCCGGAUAUGGUUUGACAAUCUUCGGAUCCCAAGAGAGAAUUUACUGAACUCAGUUGCUGAUGUUUCACCUGAUGGAGAGUAUGUUAGCGCUAUUAAAAAUCCUGAUCAGAGAUUUGGAGCAUUCUUGGCCCCUUUGACCUCUGGUCGUGUCACCAUUGCUUCAUGUGCAAUUUACUCUGCAAAGGUGGGAUUAGCUGUUGCUAUAAGAUACUCACUAUCAAGAAGAGCCUUCUCUAUUGUAGCCAAUGGUCCUGAAGUGCUCCUUCUUGAUUAUCCAAGCCAUCAAAGACGACUUUUACCACUCCUUGCAAAGACAUAUGCUAUGAGUUUUGCGGCAAAUGACAUGAAGAUGAUGUACGUGAAGAGGACACCUGAGACCAACAAAGAGAUCCAUGUUAUCUCAAUGGGACUAAAAGCUCUUCUCACCUGGCACAAUAUGCGAACCCUUCAGGAAUGUCGUGAGGCUUGUGGAGGGCAAGGUUUGAAAACAGAGAAUCGAGUUGGUCAUUUAAAAGGCGACUAUGAUGUGCAGACUACAUUUGAAGGUGACAAUAAUGUUCUGAUGCAGCAGGUAAGCAAGUCACUUUUUGCUGAGUAUGUGUCGUGUAAGAAGAGGAACAAACCUUUCAAAGGAUUGGGAUUGGAACACAUGAACAGUCCUCGUCCUGUAUUGCCUACUCAACUCACAUCUUCUACCCUCAGAUGUAGCCACUUCCAGAAAAAUGUAUUCUGCUUAAGAGAGCGAGAUCUUCUAGAAAGAUAUACUUGUGAAGUUGCAGAGCUUCAAGAGAGAGGAAAAAGCAGAGAGUUCUCCUUCCUCUUGAGUCAUCAACUUUCUGAAGAUCUAAGUAAAGCUUUUGCGGAAAAAGCAAUCCUACAAGCCGUUUUGGAUGCUGAAGCCAAACUGCCUGCUGGCUCCAUUAAGGUAAACAAGGUCACUGUUAGCCAUGGCCAGUUCUUGGCACAGUCUUGAUGAAACAUUUGCCUAACCACCAAAUUUUAAAGAUCUAUUUUAUGUAAAUAGCAUGCGCACCAAAUUAUCAAAAAAAAUUAUUAAGAUUAAUUUAAAAAUGUUUAUAGUACCCUGGCUGAACCAUAAUUUUCACUACUCUGAGCACAAUAUAUUUUUAGACAAUAUGAGAGUAAAGAACUGUUUCAAUACUCUAAGCACAAUAGUUGAUGAUCUUUUAGUUUGAUUUUUUUUUGUAACUUAUGCUCUUUUAGUUAUGACAUUUAUUUAUAUAUAGACUAGGUACGUGAAGACUAAAAGAGGAACCAAACUAAACUAACUAGCAUCAUCUAUUUUGAUGAUAGGAUGUGAUGGGUCUUGUAAGAUCAAUGUACGCAUUGAUCUGCAUGGAAGAAGAUCCAUCGUUCUUGAGAUACGGUUACCUCUCAAGGGACAGUGUUGGAGAUGUGAGGAGAGAAGUUUCUAAGCUUUGCAGAGAGCUUAGACCACACGCGCUUGCACUUGUCACUUCAUUCGGAAUACCAGACGCGUUUUUGGGACCGAUUGCAUUUAACUGGAUCGAAGCCAACGCUUGGUCUUAAAUAUUAUGUUGUACUAGAAAUAAUCCCUUCAAUAAUUUCAAAACAAAUUGUUGAAGCUGUCGCAUUGCUGUAUUACUAGUACUACUAGUAAAAGAGGAUAUUCUCAGCUUUUGACAGUUCUGUAAUAAUAACUGACAAAUUACCAUUAUAAAUAAUUUGUUGCAGAGGUUUUAGUGUAUUUGUAGUUUGUACAAUGUACUGUACAUAGUAAAAACAAAGAGACUUUUUUCUUUUCUUGAUAAGAAGAAAAGAGUUGUUCUAUGUAGAUAUGUUGUUGCUACAAUAAGGCACAAAAGGAAAACAAUGACAGACAUUACACAGAUGUAUUAUAUUAAUGUCACUGUCAACUUCUUCUGAGAAUCUAUUUUAUCAAAAAACAGAAAAUAAACAAAACUUCUGAAAUAAAUUUUACACCCUCCUCUUCGAUGCACCAUAUAUCAUGUUGUUGAGACUAAUUAUUAAGACUCGGUGUAUUUGAGUAAUAGUAAUGAUUCAUCUCUACCGGCUCUACCUACCAGCUAACUGUAAAAUGGGUCGUCUUUUUUUUUUUUGACAUCAAAUGGGUCGUCUAUGAACGAGGAUUUAACUUUUUUUUUGAAGAACCUACUUAUAUAUAUAGAUACUGUAUUAUAUAAAUACGUAGCUGUCCUGGCUUAUAAACCAGUUAGUCCUGAAAUUAAUAUCUACGCAUAUGAAAACACUAUAGAAAACGCAUUAAUUAUGAUGAUUAUUAAUCUGAUUUAAUUUCUGGGUGCAAGUACUCUAUAAAUAAUUGGGUUGAUUGAUAGUUGAAGUCAAAUACGACUUUAGACGGACCGCAAAAACGAUAUCUCGAUGAUGGGGAAACAAAAGGACGCACGUGAGCAGUGUUCUAAAAUGCGCUAUACGUUCGCUGUGCGGUGAACCAGUGCCUAGCGUAUAGCUGUAUAUGCGGACGCCUAAAUGGGGUCUAAGCGGACACACAUAUAUAUAUAAUUAACAUGAAAAUAAAAUAAUA